AAUGUCUUUGCCACAUCUUACAAGUAUCAAUCUUUUAAUAUCGAGAACUGAACUUUGUUCUACACCUGCAGUUCUUCCAAUCUCUCCAAACUCUACUUUUGAGCAAAUAGUUUCACCAUGUUUGGCAAAAGUUUUGAUUCCUUCUUUGCCUAUUGUGAUGGCUUUAACAGCUUUUAUUGCUUUGUGUGUCCAGAAUUUUUUCUUUAGAGAAACGCUUAAUGGAUGUCGGUUGUAUAUUGGAAAGCUGGUUGUUUUAAAGACGGUUUGUAUUUUUAGUUUGAAUUCUCGAUUUUAUCGUUUCGGGGUUUUAUUUUUUUCUUUCACAUUUUAGGUAGGAUUGAAGCGGACAGAUUCCUUUUUUCUCCACAAUUUUUCCCCUAUACUUUCCUCCUUUUACUACUUGUUUUUGGCAUGUACUUGCACUUGAAACUGA